CUUUUUAAAUUACACACAGAGAGAAAAAAAAAAAAAAAAAAAAAAAACCCUGCAAAAACACACGCUGUCUUUCCUGAAGAGAAGAGAUUUUUUGUGAGCGUACAGUCACUGGAUAGUGGCGCAAAUUGGCUUCCAGUGUGCUAUUUGUAGGGCAGCAGUGAGGGAGAUUGAGGUCGUCAGUAGACAGGAGUUCAUACACAGAUCUGGUUCUCACUAACAGUAGGUAGGCUGUUUGUGGAAACGGAUCAGAUCAGGCCAGCUCAAACUGGAUUGGAUGAGCCAUGGUUUUGCAGAAGCUUCUGAGUUUUGGCAAGCAGCUGCUCCGGGUAAAAGUGGUGGAUUGCAGCUUGGAAGACUCUCGUCUCUCACGAUGUCUUAACACAUUUGACCUAGUGGCUCUGGGAGUGGGCAGCACUCUAGGGGCUGGGGUGUAUGUCCUCGCUGGCACGGUGGCAAGGGAGAAUGCGGGACCUGCCAUAGUGCUGUCUUUCCUCAUCGCUGCCAUGGCAUCAGUGCUGGCUGGCCUGUGCUAUGCUGAGUUUGGGGCACGAGUACCCAAGACCGGUUCAGCAUAUCUGUACAGCUAUGUGACAGUGGGGGAGCUCUGGGCCUUCAUCACUGGCUGGAAUCUGAUCCUCUCUUAUAUCAUAGGCACAGCCAGUGUAGCUCGUGCCUGGAGCGCCACGUUUGAUGAGCUGAUCGGCAAACAAAUUGAGCUGUUCUGUCGUCAGUACAUGAGCAUGAAUGUCCCGGGUGUGUUGGCUGAGUACCCAGAUAUGUUCGCAGUGGCCAUCAUUCUGAUUCUCACAGGCUUGCUGGCCUUUGGAGUGAAGGAGUCAGCCAUGGUCAAUAAGAUUUUCACCUGCAUCAAUGUCCUGGUGCUGCUGUUCAUGGUGGUAUCAAGCCUGGUCAAAGGCACGCUCAAGAACUGGCAACUGAAUCCUGAUGAGAUUCUCAAUGCCACCAACUCCUCAGGAUUCAAUACAACAGAGGCCAAGGAGGAAUGGAACUUAGGAAUGGGUGGAUUUAUGCCAUUUGGCUUCACUGGAGUCCUCUCUGGAGCUGCUACCUGCUUCUAUGCCUUUGUAGGGUUUGACUGCAUUGCCACCACAGGUGAGGAGGUGAAGAAUCCUCAGAGGGCCAUCCCCAUCGGCAUCGUCUCGUCUCUCCUCAUCUGUUUUGUCGCCUACUUUAGUGUAUCAGCUGCUCUUACUAUGAUGAUGCCUUACUACAUGCUGGACAGGAAAAGCCCAAUUCCUGUUGCCUUUAAAUAUGUAGGCUGGGAGGGUGCCACCUACGCAGUGGCUGUAGGCUCUCUGUGUGCCCUCUCCACCAGUCUCCUGGGCUCCAUGUUUCCUCUCCCUCGUAUUAUCUAUGCUAUGUCCCGAGAUGGUCUCCUCUUCUCUUUUCUGGCACGUGUGAGCAAGAGGAAGACACCCAUCAUUGCCACGAUGGCCGCAGGGGUAUUGUCCGCUGUCAUGGCAUUCCUGUUUGACCUGAAGGAUCUUGUCGAUCUUAUGUCUAUUGGCACGCUCCUGGCUUACACUUUGGUUGCUGCAUGUGUGCUAGUGCUCAGGUAUCAACCAAAUCAGCCCACUCAGGGCUACCAGAUGGCAAGCACACAUGAGGAGCUGGAGAUGAGAGAAUCCUUUAGUACUACGAGUAUGGGCAUUCUGCCUGGCAUGGAGGAGCGCUUCAGUUUCAAAACGCUGUUUUACCCUAACAACUCAGAGCCGUCUGGCCUUUCUGGAUCUGCCGUCAAUGUCUGUGCAAGCCUGCUUGGUUUCCUGAUCCUAACUUUCUGCAUCAUGGCUGUGCAUGGUGGUUUUGCAAACUGGAGCAUAGCAACCCUCAUUGUGAUUGCCAUGGUGUGCCUCCUUCUCACUUUCAUCAUCUGGAGGCAGCCGGAGAGUAAAAGCAAGCUCUCGUUUAAGGUGCCUCUGUUACCCUUCCUCCCUGUGGUUAGCAUGUUUGUUAAUGUGUAUCUGAUGACGCAGCUGGACAGGGGGACCUGGAUACGCUUUGCUAUGUGGAUGUGCAUCGGCUUUUUUAUCUACUUCAGCUAUGGAAUAUCGCACAGCUCAGAAGGUGCUCUAAUUCAUUCCAGUCCAGACGAAGAGCCUGAUGUGUGUAAAUCCGCCAAUACUCACCGGGAUGCUAUGUCCCCUGAAAAAGAGGCAUUCCUCUACACAAGACCAGAGGAUGGGGAUGAUGAAGAUGGUGAGCUCUGAUACUUGAGGAUCAGAUGAGCUUCAGUACUGCCUGCUUGACCUUCUCUCUGAACUGCAACAAGAGAGCACAAACUAUUAUCAGACUGAGCAUGAGGAGAUACAGCAUUGUGGUUUAGGUAACGCACUUCCUCAUGAGGCUGAGGCUAAGAGCCCUGUUGUUGGAUAAUGAUUCUGGGAUUCUAAUUUGCAACCAAAAACAAACAAGAAGAGGUAAAGGACAUUUGGUUUGAAGGCAAACCAAAUGUGACCACUGUGUUCUCUGAUGGCGGCCGUCGUCAUCUGAUUGCACAUUUACGAUAUUACACACAUGUUACAACUGAAUUAGAAUAUUGCAUACGCACAAGUGUUGCAACAGAAUCAGGGACACUUUCUUUCUCGGACAACUGUUUAACAGUUUGUUUAAUAAUUAAAUCUGCUCCAGAUAUGGUUUAAUUAUUCUUGUUUAGUAUUCUGUUUAAGCCAAAACAUGUUACCUAGUAGUCUGAGCUGCCCUGAUCCUGAUUUAGUACAACUGGUAUUUAUAGAAAGCCCUCGCUGUCUUUUACUUCUACUGCCACUUGGUGGAGUGGUAGCAAACACAAACGGAAGAUUGAAGCUCUUUUCUGUGUACCGAGAGGGUUAUAUAUCCAGUACUGGGUAACUGUUUCUUCUUUGCAGAUUUAUUUGCCUCAUAUAGCGUUUUUUGGCUGAUAAUUUAAAUAGUCAUCCCACAAAUAUUUGAAGAGAGUUUGUAGGACUAAAACCUUUUAGGUCAGGUUUGGGUAAUGGAAACUUUUCCAUAAGCUUAUUGGUGAAGAUAUUAAUAAGAUGAAUCAUGAUAAAUGAGGAUAUAGCAGGCAAUGGUAUAAAAAAAAAAAAAAAUGUCCCUGUGUUAAACCCCAGUGGUUUCCUGACACAGAUUAAUUACAUGAUUUACAUAGAUUAAAAGAUUAAAGUAUUUGUGAUGAAGUGCGUUAAUUAAUCUGCGAUCUACAAUUACAAAUAACUAAAAAUCUAUUAAAUUACUAUCAUACAUGUAAUAAUCACAUCACCUAUAAUAAUACAACCACGUUCUCCUGUCAUUACCCCACAUUGAAAAGGCCAUCGAUUCCAUUAGUCAGAAUUAAUCCCAUUAAAUAUUUACAGGUGGUAUUGUAGUUAAGGAAUAAUGCGUAAUUUGUUGGUGUUAUGAAGAAAAUGACUAACUGUCACAUUUUUUUUUUCUUAGUAACAGGACAUCCAAAGUGUUUUAUUCCUCUUAUACCACAUCAAUUUUCCAACAUCUACUUUUAUUAAAGAACGACGACUCAUACUUUUUUUUUAUCCUUUUAUAGAUACAUUUAAUGUUGUAGAAUAUGUGCAAAAAAGUCCUAUUAGAUGCAAGCUUCCAGCAGCUAAGCUGUGACUGGAAUUCAAGUUUAUUGACAAGAAUUAUUGAAUUAUUUUUCCCCUGUAGAGAACAACUAGAUUUUAGAUCUUGCAGCCCACUGUGUGUGUGUGUGUGUGUUUCUUGGUUUAAAUAAUGUGAUGUUGUUUACACCUCACUGUUCUUUUGUCAUUUUAGAACAGUGUCUUUUUUUUUUUUUUUUUUUUUUUUUUGGACCAUUUCUGCUAUUUUGUUUGUAUACUGUAUAAGCCUGGGAUAGUUGAGAUGUGCUGUAGCUCAAAUCACUGUACCUUGAAUUUGGUACUGUAAAUAAAAUUGUUUGCCAUUUUUAUUCUGACUGGCACCCUGUCCAGGGUGUACCCCACCUUGUGCCCGAUGCUUCCUGGGAUAGGUUCCAGGUUUCCCGUGACCCUGAAAAGGAGUAAGCGGUUGAAGAUGGAUGGAUGGAUGUUUUUCUUUUAUUUUAUAUUUUCUAUUACAAGAAUAGCCAUAUUGCUUGUUCAGGGUCACAUAAUUAUGUGCAAGUAUGUAUUUACAGUUUGAAGGGUAUAUUAAUGUAAUUAAGUACAGAUGAUUAAUAUUAGGCUAUAAGCUAUUUUCAAAUCCACUCACAAAUGAAGUCUUUGUAAACUGUAUACACACUUUCAUGCAAGCUUAAAACUCUGGUUAAAAAUGAAAUUAAUUACUCCACUACUGGGGUGCCAUUUGUGUCCCACUGAUAUUACAUUUCCAUGUAUGGAGUUUAAAGCAGGGCAUGGUGGUUUUGGUUAGCACUCUUGCAUCACACCUCUAGGGUUGGGGGUUUGAAUCUUAUCCCCCCCCCCCUCUGGUCACUCUGGCUUCCCCCCAAACCAUCCAAGGUAGGCUGAUUUGGCAUUUCCGAAUUGUCAGUAAUGUGUGAACGUGUGUGCGAUUGUGCCAUGUGAUUGGUUGCACCCCGUCCAGAAUUUCUCCUGCCUUGUGCCCUAAGUUCCCCAGGAUAGGCUCCAGGCUCCCCCAUGACCUUGUGUAGGAUAAGCGUUAUGGAAAAAGGAUUGAUGGAUGGAAAUUAAACCAUAAUUUCGAACAUAUGUAAAUUGGCCCAGCCCAGCCCAUUAUAACUACACUUUACCUUAAAAUAUAUAUUCUGUAAAAUACUUCAAAAGGCUUUCUAUUUCUUGCCAUUCAUGUGUGAACCUAUUAUGAAUCUCAAUAUUCCACAAGUAACAGUUAUGAUCUGAAUUUCCUGAAAAUCAUGGGAAGAACGAAAGGAUAUUCUCCCAUUCCCUUUUUCCAAUGAUAUUUAAAUCAGUAGAAGAACCUUAUUGUCCUCAUAUUAGCAUGAACGCUUCUUCACCACAUUUUGUGUGUUUGCUAAUGCUAUUCUUAAAAAAAAAAAAAAAAAGCCUGUUACUUAGCAAAAUGCAGCCAUUGUCAGCAAAGAAACCUUGUAAAAAAAAAUUUAAAAAGGGAGAUAUUGAUGCUUGAGUUGGGUUAAUACAACUGAAUGGUUAAAUGCAUGUUUUUCUAUAUAUUGAAAAUUUCCAUUUUUAAGAGUUACAAGCACCCUAAUGGUGGAAAUAAACCAAGAACUUUGCCAUA